AUGGUUCAAGCUGAUAUGUGCGGCAGCACUUUGCAGGCCACUAGUAAACGCUCCAAGUUCAUGAGUGCGCCGGCGGCGCUGCUGGCGCUGUCGGCGGUGCGCGGCUACCACGGGUACGCGCUGCUGGCGUGGCUGUACGGCGGCUGCCUGGGCGGCUUCCUCUACUCGCUCAAGAUGCUGGCGCUGGAGCGCGUGCGGCCGCGCCACUUCUCGCGCGCGUGGGCGUUGGUGCAGGCCGGCCAGGCGCUGCCCGUGCUGCUCGGCGCGCCGCUCGCAGUUGAGGCCGCAGAUGCGCAAUCAUCGCGUGAUGCAGCUGGCAGUCCCCGUGAAUGUUGUACGCGCCGGGCGCAGGGCAUCCGCGGCCUCUGA